GCUUGGAUAACAGGAGGUUGAAACGCGAAGGGGGCAGGAGCAGCAGGAGCAGCAGGAGGCCGUGGCUGGACAAUGACUGACGUGGAAAGUGAAAGGAGUGACUGAGUAACAAACUUCGGGGGAGAAAGAAAGUCCGAGGAGCCAAAUCCACCUCCUGAGUGUGUGUGUUAGCUUCUGUGUGUGUGUUUCACACCGGACACGGCACCAUGAGUCUGGACAAAGCAGAGCUGUGUGAUUCUCUGUUAACCUGGUUGCAGACAUUUCAGGUGCCGUCAUGCAACAGCAAGCAGGACCUAACAAGCGGAGUGGCCAUCGCACACGUGCUGCACAGAAUAGACCCCUCUUGGUUUAAUGAGACAUGGCUCGGCAGAAUCAAGGAGGAGAGUGGGGCCAACUGGCGCCUCAAGGUCAGCAACUUGAAAAAGAUUCUGAAGAGCAUGCUGGAAUAUUAUCACGAUGUGCUCGGUCACCAGGUGUCAGAUGAGCACUUGCCAGACGUGAACCUCAUAGGAGAGAUGGGAGACGUCACUGAACUGGGCAAGCUGGUGCAGCUCGUAUUGGGCUGUGCUGUCAGCUGUGAGAAGAAACAAGAGCAAAUCCAGCAGAUAAUGACACUUGAGGAAUCUGUCCAGCAUGUUGUGAUGACAGCCAUUCAGGAGCUCUUAUCAAAGGAGCCUUCAUCAGAACCAGGAAGCCCAGAGACCUACGGGGACUUUGACUACCAGUCCAGGAAGUAUUAUUUUCUAAGCGAGGAGGCAGACGAGAAGGAGGACCUGAGCCAGCGCUGCCGAGACCUGGAACAUCAGCUGUCGGUGGCUCUGGAGGAGAAGUCGACCCUACAGGCAGAGACACGCUCCCUAAAGGAAAAGUUGAGCCGCUGUGACUCUCUGGACGCCUCCUCUACUGCCAUCACCAGCAAGAAGCUGCUGCUGCUGCAGAGUCAGAUGGAACAGCUUCAGGAGGAGAACUACAGGCUGGAGAACAGCAGGGAUGACAUGCGAGUGCGGGGAGAGAUACUGGAGCGCGAGGUCACCGAGCUGCAGAAACGAAACGAAGAGCUGACCAGCCUGGCGCACGAGGCCCAGGCCUUCAAAGACGAGAUGGACAUCCUCAGGCACUCGUCUGACCGGGUGAACCAGCUCGAAGCUCUGGUGGAGACGUACAAGAGGAAGUUGGAGGAUCUGGGAGACCUGCGCAGACAGGUGCGCCUCCUGGAGGAGCGCAACACCGUGUACAUGCAGCGCACCUGCGAGCUGGAGGAGGAGCUCCGCAGGGCCAACGCUGUCCGCAAUCAGCUGGACACCUACAAGAGACAGGCUCAUGAGCUUCACACCAAGCACUCAGCAGAGGCCAUGAAAGCUGAGAAAUGGCAGUUUGAGUACAAGAACCUUCACGACAAGUAUGACGCACUGCUAAAGGAGAAAGAACGUCUGAUUUCGGAAAGAGACACACUUCGAGAGACAAACGAUGAGCUGAGGUGUGCACAGGUCCAACAGAGGUGUCUCAGUGGAACUGGAGGCUUGUGUGACAAUGAUGUCACAGUAGGAAACCUCGCUGCAGAGAUCAUGCCCACUGAGCUCAAGGAGACGGUGGUGCGUCUACAGAGUGAAAACAAGAUGCUGUGUGUCCAGGAGGAGACCUACAGGCAGAAACUAGUGGAGGUGCAGGCUGAGCUGGAGGAGGCUCAGCGCAGCAAGAACUCCCUGGAAACUCAGAACAGAUUAAACCAGCAGCAGAUCUCAGAGCUGCGCGCUCAGAUCGAGGACCUCCAGAAAGCGCUCCACGAGCAGGACAGCAAGACUGAGGACGCCAUCUCCUCCUUACUGAAGAAGAAGCUCGAGGAACAUUUGGAGAGGCUCCAUGAAGCUCACUCAGAUCUCCAGAAGAAAAGAGAAGUCAUUGACGACCUGGAGCCCAAAGUGGACGGCAACAUGGCAAAGAAGAUAGAUGAACUCCAGGAGAUCUUGCGGAAGAAGGACGAGGACAUGAAGCAGAUGGAGGAGCGAUACAAGCGCUAUGUGGAGAAGGCGAGAACGGUGAUCAAAACCCUGGAUCCCAAGCAGCAGCCGGCGCCCGUGUCUCCUGACAUCCAGGCUCUGAAGAACCAGCUGACAGAGAAGGAGAGAAAAAUCCAGCACCUGGAGCAUGACUACGAGAAGAGCAGAGCCAGGCAUGACCAGGAGGAGAAACUCAUCAUUACUGCCUGGUACAACAUGGGGAUGGCGUAUCAUCAACAAGUGUCUGGCGAGCGUCUGGGGCCAUCUAACCAGGCCAUGUCCUUCCUCGCUCAGCAGAGGCAGUCCACCAACGCCAGGAGAGGCCUGAUGCGACACCACCCGAGAUAAGUCGUCCAGACAGGAGACAACACGCUGGAUAGAAGCCUAGAGAAGACGAGGUGAUCCACAGUCACCUGUAUCUUUGCCUUAAAGCCUUCACUGGAUCACUGCACCUCAGAGUAUUCGUCAUGCUGCUGCUGCCCCCUGCUGGCUCUUAAUGGUACGAAAAUGUUUAUUUUCCCAGCGGAGCCCUGGAGGAGACUUUUUUAACUCUGCUGUUAGAAUCAGAGUGAACUCACAGAAACAGAAGACCAGAGUAGAGGGAGUCAUUAAAGAGGCUGUCUCACCUUUUAAGGUGACUUUUAUUUCCUCUGUAGCCUCACAGACUCGAUCCUGUUUCUUUAAGGUAUGUUUUAAACCUUUUUUUUUUUUGUCUUUUAUGUUAUACGGUAGGAUUUAAUGUGAUUUACAGUUCACAUGUGUAGUCAGAGAGGAGUUAGUAGGGGUUUUACAUUUACUGCUGUAAGUGCUAAAGAAGACAUGAAGCCACCCAGGCUUUAGACUGAACACUCAGCCGUCAGCACAUCUUCUUGGUUUUGUUUGUUUUGGAUUUUCUCAUAGCUUUUGUUUUUGUCGUCUUGACCAUGUGUUCUGAGUUUGAGCUUUUUUGUUUUAAUUAGAAGGAACUCAAAGCGAUGUAAAGACCGUGAGGGUGUGUUAGUGGCUUUAGUCUUUUCUCCUAUCGUAUUCACUUGAAUCAGUUUCUCUAAGCUUAAUUUUCAUGAUAAGAAUUAUUUGAAACACCAAAGCACUUUCCUGGAAGGUCGGGGUGUUUAGUGCCUCACUGAAAACUAAAAAUACUCCCUCGAUGGAUGAGACUGAAGUCUGAAGUAUUUGCAGUGUCAGCCCCCAUCUCCUCGUCUCAUUUGGUACAAGAAGGUUUUACUUAAAGAGAAACUGCAGUAUUUUUCAAUCUGGAUACUAUUUUCCCAUGUUGUGGGGUCUAAGUAACUGAUGGGAACAGUGAUUUUUGAAACUUGUUUAGUAUCAAGAGAGAGCAGCUGGCAGCAGUGGACAGGCUCCAGUAUAACCACUCAGAGCAGGUGUGCUUUGUCACUUUACAGCCAUUUAAAAUGUCUGUUUUUGCCACUGACGGGCUCAGAUUGUUACUGUGAGUGUCUGACAGCAUUAUGGAAAGGACCCUGAAGAGAAAUGAAAAGUUUGUUCCGAUCUGAUUUGUGUACAAGUCUUGCUAACGAGAAGUCUCGUCCUAAAAACUCACGAGAGGUGACAUGUUCUCGAAAGAAAACAAUGGAAUGAUGAGUUGGAGAGACCAGUGCUGGGAAGAGUUUGUUGUGUUAGAGGCCGCACACAUGCCGCGUCUUUACCCGCCUGGAAAACGCGAGGUCGAGCACUGGGCGCUACUUUUGUGCCUUUUCUGUGCCAGCUUUCAAGAGUGCGGUGGCAGGUUGCAUCUGAGGUUGCUAAGCAACCUUAACAAGUACUGUAUCGUAGCCUGUUAACAUGAAAUCCUGCUGUUUGAAAUGCUAUUUGUGUGUUGGCAUAUCGUUUGCUGGGCAGAUGUUAAGUUCUGGCAGUCCUGCACCAAAAUGAUCAACUUUAUUACGGACUAAGAUUUUUGGAAGAAGGGAAAGAUAUCUUUUGGCUGCGAUUGGUUGUUCCUCGUCACACAUGCAGUAAGCGCUGCGUUCCAAAAGUUGAACUCCGUUUUUCUUGGAUUGCAGCCCUCGUGCCUUGAAAAACAGGCACUCAGGAACACGUGAAAAUCUGUAAGAUAAGAGUAAGAAACACUCAAACGCUCAAGUUGCUCAAACGCUAGAGCGCCGCUGCUGCAUGUCCUCAUUGAAAACAAUUCAUUUGAGCGCAACAAAACGUGGCAUGAGUACAGAAAGCAUUUCUUACUCUUAUCUUAAAGAUUUAGCUGAAAAGAAAAGACUCCAUUACGAACGUUUCAGUUUUUGUCAGGAUCCUUUCUGUAAGGUUGUGAGACACUUAAUAACAAUGUGAGCCUGUCAGGGGCAAAAACAAACACUUUUACAGGACACACCUCCCUCGAGUGAUUACAUUGUUCCUCCACCUCUAGCUGCAGCACUCUCUGUCAUUACUGGACCUAUUUCAAACAUUGUUGCUCCCAUGAGUCACUCAGACACAAAAACACAGGAAAAAAGACUCCAGGCUGAAAAAUAACAAAGUUUUCCUUUGAAGAAUUCGUCUACUGCAGCCGUAUCUUAACAUGGCUGCUGAUAACGUGACACCUGCAUCUGAUUUUUCUUAAUAAUGCUCCCUUACUAUGAUUUUUUUUUUCAUUCUCUUCCCAAAGAUUAAAACAGGGUGUUGGUUGUGGGUUGGACCUAAUUGCACUCACCACUUUAAACUGAUGUGACUUUAGGCUUUUAAACGCCUCCUAGUUUAUCACAAAGACUGGAAAAACCGAAACACAAAAUGUGAGUCCAUUAUGAUGAAAACACUAAUAAGGAUAAUCACUCAGCUAAUGGCUGUUUACCGCUGCUACACCUCAUUUACAGUUUGACCGAACUGGAAGGAAAUGUGCUCAUCAAUACGCUGGAAUCCUUUAGCUGUCUGCUGACAGGAAGUCGGAGGCGGUUUAAAGGUUAAGCCUCUAAUAGAUGGCGCAUUCAUCAACACUACUUCUGCCUUCAUUCACUACUGGUUUAUUUUUCCCUUCAACAGAUGUUAUUUUAGUCUAUCCCAUAUCAGAGCUGCUGUUUUGAUGACUUGUUCUUAGUUCCUGUAAAUGUUUGUGCUAUGGACCACUCAGACCAGAACCUGCUGUUGUGUUCACAUUUUUAUUUUUACUCAUGUUUCAUUGUUUGAGUUUAUAUUUAUGGUGUUAUGUCACUAUCUCUGCUGCACAUUUGCAUGGCUUGAAGGGUUCAACAUUUAGGUUGUUUGUAUCAUGUAAUGGUCUAGUAGGUUAUAGCAUAGCGUACGUCAUACAGGGAUCUGAGGCAAGAUGUGUAGCUCUGUCCGCUCUACUUUGCACUACAAAUAAACGGGAUGGAAAGAUAAGAAA